CACGUCCUUGGGAUCGAGCUUCUUAAUUACAUGAUGUGCUUGCUACGAGAGACAAAUCUACCCAUCUUUUGGUAAUCCCUGUUACUUUUUGGACUUGUGGUAUCCGAACCUAAUGUCAUCUAUCAUUUGGAACAAAAGAAAGAGCCAUGGCUACUGGAUCUACAGGGAACUGACAAGACAAAGGUACUAAGAGACACCUGUCCAGACCAGAGCACCCAAACUGAGAGCAGGGUAAAGUCAUCUGCUUCAAAGAAAGGCACAUCUAAAAAAAGGUCCCUUCAGGGGACAGUAAUGGAAAAACCCACAAGGGAUGGUCCCUUGAACUCUAAGCUGAGAGUAACCAGUCAGUGUGAAGAUAUGUUGAAGAGAAAAAAGAAAAGAAGCCAGGAGAAACUCUAUGAAUGUAAUGAAUGUAGAAAAGCCUUUAAUUACUUCUCUGCCUUUAUUCGACAUCGGAGAAGUCACAGUGGAGAGAAGCCCUUCGAAUGUGGUGCAUGUGAAAAGACCUUCAGCCAGAACACAUGCCUUACUGUACAUCCGAUAAUCCACACUGGAGAGAAACCCUACGAAUGUGGUGAAUGUGGGAAGACCUUUAGUGAUAGCUCAACCCGUAUUCGGCAUCAGAUCAUUCAUAAUAUAGAGAAACCUUAUAAAUGUCACGAAUGUGAGAAAUCCUUCAGUUAUUGCUCAGCCCUUAUUCGGCACCUUCGGAUUCACACUGGAGAGAAGCCCUAUGAAUGUAAUGAAUGUGGGAAAGCCUUCAGCCACAGCACGUGCCUUACCCAGCAUCAGAGAACUCACACUGGAGAGAAGCCCUAUGAAUGUAAUGAAUGUGGGAAAGCCUUCAGCCAGAAUUCAUCCCUGUAUUACCACCAGAGGACUCAUACUGGAGAGAAACCCUAUAAAUGCAAUGAAUGUGGGAAGGCCUUCAGUUACCACGCAUCCCUCACUCAACAUAAGCAAACACAUACUGGAGAAAAGCCCUAUGAAUGUAGUGAAUGUGGGAAAACCUUCAGUCGAAGCACAUAUAUUAUUGAACAUCAGAGAAUUCAUACUGGAGAGAAACCCUAUGAAUGUACGGAAUGUGGGAAAGCCUUCAGAUACUGCUCAGCUCUUACUCAACAUCAGAAAAUGCAUACAGAAGAGAAACCCUAUGAAUGCCGAGAAUGUGGAAAAGGCUUCCACUUCUACUCAGCUCUUAUUCAGCAUCGGAAAGCUCAUACUGGAGAGAAACCUUAUGAAUGUACUGAAUGUGGAAAAGCCUUUAUCCGGAGUACCUGCCUUACCCAACACCAGAAACUUCACACUGGAGGGAAAUCCUAUGAAUGCAAUGAUUGUGGGAAAAUCUUUAAGUAUUUCUCAAUCCUUGCUCAACAUCAGAAAACUCAUACUGGUGAAAAACCCUAUGAGUGUAAUGAAUGUGGGAAGACCUUUAGCCGGAGCACAUGCCUUACCAAACAUAAUAGAACCCAUACAGGUGAGAAACCCUAUUUAUGCAGUGUAUGUGGAAAAGCAUUUAGUCAAAACUCAUCUCUUACAGAACAUCAGAGAAUUCAUACUGGAGAGAAACCCUAUGAAUGCAGUAAAUGUGGGAAAGCCUUUAGCCGGAGUACAUUCCUUACUCGUCAUCAAGAACUCACACUGGAGAAAAACCAUAUGAGUGCUUUGAAUGUGGGAAAUCCUUCAGCCGCAGCACAUUCCUUACUCAACAUCAGAGAAUUCAUACUGGAGAGAAACCCUAUGCAUGUAGUGAAUGCGGGAAUACUUUCAGUAGGCGUGCAGCCCUCACCAAGCAUCAAAAACUUCACACUGAAAAGUAAUCCUAGGGUCUCUUGGCUAACCCGCACGGCCUUGGAUUAAAAGUGUGACUGAAGCUGCUGGAUUUCCUCUAAUGAAGCCCAUUUCUGAGAUCCUUGGAGAGUUGAGCCCCUCCUGAGGAGACGAUGUCCCCCAGACGAACUCCUAGCUGGAGAAACACUGGUUGACAGCUGACUCCCAAAGACCUGGCUCUGGCUGCCUCCCCCUUCACUCCCAACCCCAGCUAGCUCCUAAGAGUCAAAAUACGGGUUGGUGUUUCUAGGACGAGGGGUUGUCCUAGAAGGCAAACGACUCUAAGAACUCUAGCUGGGGCAUCCCUCCAGAGCCUCGUUUCCUGGCUGUCCAGCCAGGAACGGGGAGACCUGGGCGAAGUCCCAGCAUCCAGAGCCCGUUUAGCAGGCGGUUUGACUCAGAAACUUGACAAGAGAAGUGAGAGGUGUGGAUGGGUAUGGGAGGCCAUGAAGUAAACUUCACAGCCGGUGCUGGGGAGAG